AUGUCUCAAAAUUUAAAUAAUGUUAAACGUCGUAACCGUAAAAAACAUAAUAAAAAUGAAAAUUCAAAGUCUUCUGAUGAUUAUGCAAGCGUGGACGGCUUUGAUUCAACUAGUUCAACUCAAACAUCUAGUUCCAGUAGUGGCAGUAUCUCCUCCCAUUCAAAGACAGAAAGCGAAUUUAGAAAAAAAAACAUAUCUUCACCAGAAAUGGUUGAAGAGUUUGUUAACGAUACAUUUUUUUUAAAACACGAAGAGAAAAGGCCUUUUCUUACGAAGAAACGUGUUGUUUUUACUGCAGGGAUAAUGUUUGGUCUUUUGAUAGCCUCGUUCUUUGCCCCACAAGCCAAAGACCUGCAAUUAUUAUCGGAUUUUAUAGCUAUGUCUUUUCUAGAUUUGGAUUUUACCAAAAUGUUGCCAGCCAAUGUUAUAGUGGAGGAAUUAUUAGGAAAUAUCACCAUGUAUUUAAGACCUAAUAUAUCAAUACUAGCUGAUACUGAAUUCUUACCUGGUUUAGAUUUGGCUAAAAUUGAAGGUAUAAGCGCUUAUCAUCCUGUUACAUUAAUACCUGGUAUCGUUUCAACUGGGUUGGAAAGUUGGAGUACAUCAAAUUGUUCUAGACCAUAUUUUAGAAAGCGAAUGUGGGGUACUACAACAAUGUUUCGAGCAAUUCUUAUGGAUAAAGAAUGCUGGAGACAUCAUAUGAGACUUGAUCCAAUUACUGGAUUAGAUCCACCUGGAGUUAAAUUACGGGCUGCUCAAGGUUAUUUAAAAUAA